AUGAGUACAUCAGUAACAAAGAGAUCACUUUCUAAAACAUCAGAGAUGCCUAAAGAUCUAUCAAGACAUGUAAGUUUAAUGAAGAGCCGUAUGGAUCUAGGAGGUGGUGAUAUGGAUUGGUUACGAGGAAGAGCUCAUCUAAAGCCAGAAGAUCAGUUACAGCUAACAGAGGCUGAAUUACAAGAAGAGUUUGCAAGAGUCCUAACUAUACAUAACACAAGGGUUCCAGAUUCUUUAGUUGAAUGGUCAUGGAAAUUGAAAGAAUUCAUAAUCUUACCACCUCCACCACAUUUAAUAACCCUUUUAAGUGUACCUGGAUUACUAUUGCACAAAGAUUCUGAAGAAGCAAAAAUACAAUUAGCAGGAGGUCUUAUUGAAGAAGAAGAAGAAGAAGAAGGGGAAGAGGAAGAAGAAGAAGAAGAAGCAGAAGAUGAAGAAAAACUAGAAGAACCCACAAAGGCUAAACCUGAACCUGAACGUGAACAUGAACAUGAAGCUGAACCAGAUGAAGAAGAAGAAAGAGUAAAACCUAAAAAAAUACCAAAUCAAUUUAACUUCUGUGAAAGAGCUGCUUUAACUUAUACUAAUCCUAUGAGGGAAAUGAGUACACAAACAGUUCCACCACCAACAGCAACAUUUAAUACCCAUGUUUUCCAAUGGACAAUCUUUGAUGAGUAUCAGGAAGACUAUGCUCAACAACAACGUGAAAGAGAAAAAGAGAGGAGACUUCCAUUUUUACAACCAAAAAGGGAAGAGUUGAAAAAAAAAUCUCAAACAGAAACUAUGGCAGUAACAUGUAGAAUGUUGCUAGCUGCAAAAGCAUUAGAACGAAUGGUGAAUCAAAAUAUUUUUGAUGAAAUAGCACAAGAUUACAGAUAUUGGGAUGAUCCAAGUGAUGAAUUCAAGGAUGGAGAAGGUUCACUGUUACCCUUGUGGAAAUUUAGUUAUGAAAAAACCAAAAAGCAUGAUGUUACAGAUUUAUGCUUUAAUAGCAGAUAUUAUGACUUAUUUGCAGUAGCAUAUGGAACAAUGUCAUUUAGCAGUUUAAUAACUACUGGAACAGUAUGUUUAUUCAGCUUAAAAAAUCCAUCAUAUCCAGAAUGGAUCUGUCCAACAGAAUCUCCAGUAAUGUGUCUGGAUUUUAGUGAACAACAUCCACAUCUUUUAGUUAUUGGUACUAUGGAUGGUGUUGUAGCUGUUUAUAAUGUCAUGUUACCACCAACAACUCCACAAUAUAAAAGUAAUGAUAUUGUUCAAAAACAUGGAGGUAUUGUAUGGGAGGUAUGUUGGGCACCAGAUACAGAGGAAGGGAAUUUGGCAUUUUAUAGUGUCAGUAUUGAUGGAAAAAUUAACCAUUGGGUAUUAAAUCAAAAUGAUCUUGGUUUGACAACUGUAAUGACUCUUUUUUUGGACAGACCACCAAUACCUGGACCAGAUGGGACUAUGAUUACACUUAAGGGUUGUGGAACAUGCUUCGCGUUUCAUCCUUCAGAUGAAAAUGUAUUUCUGGUUGGUACAGAGGAAGGAACAAUUUAUAAGUGCAAUACAGCAUAUAGUAGUGUUUAUAUGAGAACUUAUAAUGAAGCUCAUAAUAUGCCAGUAUACAGAAUAGUAUUUAACAAAUUCAAUUCUAAUAUAUUUGCAAGUUGUUCUGGGGAUUGGAGAAUAAAAAUAUGGGAAGAUAAUAGAAUGGAACCUUUGUUUAUGUUUGAUCUUGGUGUUCCGAUCGGAGAUGUUCAAUGGGCACCGUAUAGUUCAACAGUAUUAGCUUGUGUUUCAAAUGAUGGGAAAGUUACAGUAUUUGAUCUAAAUAUAAAUAAAUACAGACCAAUAUGCAGCCAGCAAGUUGUUAGUAAAAAGAAAAAUAAACUAACUAGACUUGCAUUUAACAAUAAAUUACCAUUUAUUAUAGUUGGUGAUGAUAAAGGCACAAUAAAUACAUUGAAAUUAUCACCAAACCUCAGAAUAAAAGUAAAACCAACUAAGAAACAAAUUCACUUGACACAUAAUGAAUUAGAAACUAUGAAAUUAGAAAGAUUAUUAAGCUUUGUACGUGAGCCAUGUGUACUACCACCACCAAAAGAUACAAGAGCAGUAACAUAA